AUGGUAGAACCACCCUUUUCCUUAGUCGUUGUGUUUGUUUUUCUUAUUCUUAUUUUUUUCCUUUACUUUAGUCCACAGAAAGUAUUGAUUGUUUCUGUCAAUGAAUGUGCAAGCCAGGAUGACCUGAUUUCCAAUCCAUCACAAGAUCAGGAUAGCUAUUGCGAGCAUGAGCAACUGAAUCAUAAGGAAAGCAUUUCUACUCCACACUGUCCAGAGCAACUAGUGACUCCCACUGUCAAUGCACCAGCAAGUGGGGAUGACCGCAUUUCUGAUCCAUCUCCAGUUGAGAACGGCUAUUGCGAACGUGAGCAAGUGGACAGCUUAUUAGCUCCACACAGUCAAGAGCAAAUACUGACUCCCACUGUCUAUGAACCAGCAAGUGAGGUUGACCUGACUUCCCAUCCCCAACAAGUUGAAGAUGGCUACUGCGAGCAGGAGCAGCUGAAUCCUGUGGAAAGCAUUGCUGCUCCACAUAGUCCGAAACAACCAGCGGCAACAAAACAAAAAAGGAAAUACAGGAUAAUCCCACCGAGUGCCUGCAGAUUGUGCCAAAAAGAAAUUAAGGGCCAAUGUCCUGCAUGUCAGAUGAAGGAAUUUAAGCGGUUAUUAAGAGAGGAAGAUAAGCAACUGCGGAGUGUCAUGAGGCACCAAGCAAAAUAAACAAGAUACAACUGUCAAUACAAAUGUUUAAAAAGAGA